AUGCGAGGUGAAGACCAGCGCCUGACAGAGCAUCUGAAGGCGAUUUUUGCCGAAAUCGAGCGGCUGCGGCUCGUCUACAGUCACGCAAUCGAUCAGCUGGAGACGUAUACGCUGCCAAAUUUAUCGCCACAUUCAGCUACCCGAUGGUUUAAUAUGUACCUUCGUGUUGUGGACAUAGGCAUCCAACUUCGACGCGGAGAAGUCCGUCACUGCUCGACGCAGCAAUUCAAAUUCCCUUGCAUGCACGAGACUGGCACCAAAGGAGCUGUGCACUCGGGGCUGAGUAUUGACGAUGGAAAUGCCAUAUACCAGCAAAUGGAGAGUCGGAAACUGGUGUCCGAGAAUCGACUGGACCGCUGGUUCAUCAAAAUGGACGGACUGGAUCGCGACGACAUAGGUCUGUUGGACAAAAGAGUUACACGGUGCCUUGAGAGUUUUCGUAGACAAGAUAGCAUCUUUUACGAUCGAAUUGAGAUUAUGGGCGAGGAUCCUCAUGAGGAAAUGAUGGUGCUGGGAGGACAUGGUGCUACGGAUUCUCGGGUCCUGGCGAAGGCUACACGAACGUGUUUUGGGCCGUCGAAGUGUUCUUGCGAGGAAGAUGCGCAUCCUUGGGAGAGUUUUAGUCUUACGUCUGGUGAUCCACUUUCGCAAAAGCCUCUUGUGACGAAUGCAAACUCUAGCACUAAGUCUGAACAGCUAGAAGAUAUGGGUAUUAUCGACAUCAAGCGACAGAUGGGAUUCCAACAACUAUCGUAUGAGGAUGCGCAAGAAAACGUAGUGACGCUUGCACGAGAUUCCUCGCGAUCGGCUGGGCAUCUGAACAGUUUUGGCAAAAAUACUACUGCCACGGUAGGGCUACAUGCUCCGUUAUCGGCACGAAGCAUUUACCAAAAAAAGUGUGGGGAGAUUGGAUUAGAAGCGAAGCCAUCGAUACAUGCGUUGCUGGCAGUGAAUAAUGGAGCGCAUCAUCUUGACCUGUCUGGCAUCGGUUUCCAUUCCGCACACGAUCUCCAGGACUUAGUGGACAUUUUUUCGAUACCCGGAUUACCUCCUGUGAAGGAACUGAAUGUGUCAAACGGUUUUUUCAACGCCGCGGCCUUCGACGUAUUGUGCGAAUUGCUGCGCUUACCACUGCUCCGUCAGAACGUGAAGCAACUCAGUCUUCGUGGCAUUGCUGUCCCACGGUCGGCCGAUAUCGCCGUCCUCGUGCGACUACUGACCGGCGACAGUUCAUCUAUCAGGUCCCUACCAGCACUUGAUAGCUUACAAACACUGGAUUUGUCAUACAAUACGUUGUGGCAUGAAGGCGCUGAGCACCUUCGACCCCUGCUCGCUAGCUUACCGGGGCUUGAACAUCUCUUUCUGGAAUCCUGCUUCCCAAAAAUUGUUUCUUCAUUUAACCCGCCAAGUUCCGCUAGCGAUCAAAAAGUGAUGGAGGAUAAUGUGCGUUUGGCACUGAUGGAUGUUAGCAAUCGUCUACAAUGCCUGGAUUUCGGCUCAAACUGCAUUGCGACUGAAUCGCGCUGGUUAGAUGCUAUUUUUGCUCCUGGUAGCACAACACAAAAGCUGUACCUGCGUGGAAUUACUAGCAUCUCUCGUUGCACGACCGAGAUAGUGGAAGAUGAUUGGAAAGUAAGCGAAACUUGGGACCUGCAGCAGGUUGAAACGCUUACGUGGUCUUCCAGCAGUGUUUACACCAACAAGUUGCUCGAUGCUUUAUCUGCCGAGUUACAAGGCGGUUUCGCACAACUGAAGCACCUCGACCUUGAAGUUAAUGAUGCAUCCUGGCGAGAUCGCGAAAGUAACAACGUCGACCGACACAUCGCAGAUACAAUCGCGCACAUUGCCGACUAUGGGGUAAUGCAAUCAUGUCGUAUUUGCUAUUAUCGUCAAAAUGGGACCAUCUCGCUUGGUGUUUAUGUUUCGAUGAAAAAGCUUUUGGAGGAUGGACUGCAUGAGUGUGAAGUUUUGGCAUUACGUAUACCACACCUGUGUCUCGGCUCGAGUGCAAUUUGCGAUCUGCUGUCGAGCGCGGUCGUUCCUAAGAUGUGGAAACUGACGCUGGCCAUCGGGAUUGUUCCCGAAAACGAGGAAGCCCUGACUUCAGGCUCGUGUUUUCCGCAAAUGCAAUCGAUGCGAGAACUCGUAUUGGAACUGCAUACCACAGUCACAUCUGAGGCCACGGCAGUUGCAUUGGCGCAUCAGUUGAAGACGUCCUGGCUUAAGCCGCACGCUUCGACCGACUUCGUAGAUGACGUAAAACAAGACGUCGAUCUUGUGGACGGAAAUGUGGCCCGUUCUUUCGAUUUAUUAGAGCAAGUGAAGGCGAAUAAGCGGAUUUACCGAUGCCGCUUUUACGUCACGUCACCGUCACAACAAUCAUAG